AUGGAACAGAAGGUUAUUGUAUCUCCUCCUUCAACUAGCUUUGGAUUUCUUAAUUUAUUGAGUUUAGCCAUAUUUUAUGCAAAAGUAGAAAAAAAUCUCUAUGUAAAAUGGUGGAUCGUAUUCCUUCCUACAAAUAUAUUUUUCAUUUAUAGCUUAUUAAAAGUAUUGAUAUUCCUUACAAAAACAUAGUCAAUGGCUAGCAAAAUAUAAAAUUUUUAAGAUAUAAAACUUAUAAUGAUUUGGAAAUUCACAUAAAUUAUUAUUCUUAGUAGUUGUAUAGUAAUUGCACUUUUCUUAAGCUAGUAUUUAUAAAAAAUAGAUGAUUCAGAGACGCCUGAGCAAGUCAAUGAGUCUUUAAAGCACAUCUUAGCAGCUAUAGCAGUGAUAUUUUUUUCUUAUUGGGGAUACUCAGUAGCAUGCAAAAACAUAAUUGAAGAUUAAUAUCUUCCAUUCAAAGAUAAUUCUGAUGAAGAUGAGAAGAAAGUUUCUUUUACUUAGUUAAUUAUCAAUAGUAUUUUAUCACUAAUGGGUAAUACUAUGACAAUAUGCUCAGGAGGUGCAUGCAAUAGUAUUUAUUUUUCAACUGUCUCUGCAUUUUUUAGUGCAUUUGGCAUUCCUAUAGUUGAAUAUAUUCAUUACUUAAAUUUCAUUGCCUUUUUCUUCAUUGGAAUUUCACUUAUUUCCCUUUACUCUGUCAAUAACACUUGUAAAUACCCGCCAUUUAUAAUUAGUGCAAUUGGAAGCUUAAUGAUUUGCAGCGAUAUGAUUUUCGAAAUCCAUAACUACUUAACAUACACUGGAAAUGUAUUAAUUAUAGCAGGUGCUAUUUGGAAUUCAAGAUUAAAUAAAUUUUCUUUCGCAAAGAGAAAAAAAAACAAAAAAACACCUAAUGGAUCAACAUCUGCAUGA